AUGGAUGACAGAAUAUCAAGGUUACCUCAUGGCCGAGGAAUUCAGCCGCAGUCUAUGAUAUGUGUUGAUAAAGAUGCUGAAUCUAUUCCAGGAAGUGCUGCUAGCACUAAUGGUGCUUUAUUCUAUCAAGUCCAAGCUCAAUGUAAUGGUCUACUUUGUCCUCCAUAUGGACAAGGAGAAGGAGUUAGCCUGUGUGAAAAAGGAGAUUUGUCUGGAGUAGAAGAUGCUCUCUUAACAGGAGCCAAUGUAAAUGCUAUGUCUUUGGAGGGAUUGACUCCAGUUAUGUUAGCUGCAAGAAAGGGCCACAAAGAUGUGAUUUCAAUUUUAAUACAGAGAGGAGCUAAUCUAAACCUUGUUGAUCCAGAGGGAUUGACUCCAGUUAUGUUAGCUGCAAGAAAUGGCCACAAAGAUGUGAUUUCAAUUUUAAUACAGAGAGGAGCUAAUCUAAACCUUGUUGAUCCAAAGGGGUCAAGUCCAGUUAUGUUAGCUGCAAGAAAUGGCCACAAAGAUGUGAUUUCAAUUUUAAUACAGAGAGGAGCUAAUCUAAACCUUGUUGAUCCAGGUGGAUUGACUCCAGUUAUGUUAGCUGCAAGAAAUGGCCACAAAGAUGUGAUUUCAAUUUUAAUACAGAGAGGAGCUAAUCUAAACCUUGUUGAUCCAAAGGGAUUGACUCCAGUUAUGUUAGCUGCAAGAAAUGGCCACAAAGAUGUGAUUUCAAUUUUAAUACAGAGAGGAGCUAAUCUAAACCUUGUUGAUCCAGAGGGAUUGACUCCAGUUAUGUUAGCUGCAAGAAAGGGCCACAAAGAUGUGAUUUCAAUUUUAAUACAGAGAGGAGCUAAUCUAAACCUUGUUGAUUCAGGUGGAUUGACUCCAGUUAUGUUAGCUGCAAGUGAGGGCCACAAAGAUGUGAUUUCAAUUUUAAUACAGAGAGGAGCUAAUCUAAACCUUGUUGAUCCAUUGUGGGGAUUUGAGACAGUAGACUCUCAGAACGACUCCAAACUGAGUAAAGUGAAAGAGAUAGUGAGACAGAAGGAAGCUGUUCAUGGACAGCAGGUACUCCUCAAAACCAAAUCAAUGAAGGCAGAGUCUGAUAUUGAAUCUGUUCAGAAAAUGUGGCAAAAGGAAGACCAAUCAGUAUGCACGCUACUUCAAGAAAACAAUGUGGACAUUGUGGAAGAGACCUACACAGCAGAGAUAAAUGUCCUGCCAAAGAUCCCACAUGCUAAAAAUAUCACAAAUAGGGACAUUAUAGUGGUCAAUGUCGCCUAUAUCUGA